UUUUAACAUAAGUUUCAUUGAAAAUGGCAUAUCGAGCAAAAAGAAUAGUAGAUUUGUUUUACAGAAUUCAAGAUGUUGCUAAAGAUGAGCAUGAUGCUGUACUUGUGAGCCUUCUUAAAGAUUGAGAGAUGUAUUUAAACAUCUUACUCAAGAUAAUCGAUAAAUCUGAUCAUGAGGUGAGUAAAGUUGAAAGUAAGGAAAAAUGAUCGAACACUUUAAUCUCAAAAAGAUCUGUUGAGAUCCUUAAGCAUUGGAUUUACUUCCUAAGCUCUACCAAAAAUGAGCAUAAUAAUGAUAAAUUACUUCGAAACCAACAAGCAAGAGACUUAUUAGGCUGUAUCAAAAUUUAAAUCAAUCAAGCCUCCAUUUGACAACGAUCCUGAAAAUUUUAACCUACUAGAAUAUUCAGAAAGGACUUUAAUACUCCCAAAAGGCACUAGCAAAUCAUCCAGAACUAGAGCAUUAAAAUCCCAUAAGAGAGGAGGCAGAACAGGAGCGAAUAAACCAAAAUUACAAAAGAGUUUGUCAAAAACCAGCCUUUCCAAAGGUAUUUUAGCACACGAUACAAAAGCAGUGAAGAGGACAAGAAAAUACUCUACCAACAAAGAUCUUGAGAAAAGAUAUACACAUGCUUGCGCAUAUGCUGCAGUUAACCUUCCUAGAGGAACAAAGAAAGAGCAUUCUUUUGUACAGAAAACUAUACAAAGAAGUAGCCUCAGUAGACAAAGAGAGGCUUCUAAGACUAUUAUUAAGCAUUCUAUCUCAAAACCUACCCUAAUUCAAGGACUUUAUGAGGAGAGCGGCCGGUAUAAAACCAACAAUUUUCAGCUUUCUCAUAAGCCAGGCAGAGGAGAUGACGGCAGAAAAUAGUCUUGGAAAAGUCAACACUAAAUCACAGAAAAAUGGCUUAACUUAUAUUAAGCAGUUUUAAUAGUCUGAAUAGUGUCAGCAGGCUUUCACCAGAUCAAUGCCUGAACAGAGCUAGGUCAAAUAUUAAGAGGGAGGCUGAAAAGUGUACUCCUCAAAGAAGCAUAGCCCUGAGUCCGACUGAGAACUUAGCGUCACAGCCUAAUUCACAUCUGAGAGAAGUGUCUGGAUCUGAUCGAACCAGAGCUGGAUAUAACUCUGAAUCUUAUGUGCAGAGAUAUAGACGGGAUACUAAGCUAAAAAGUAUGGAUGCUAGCAUCUCAGAGUUUUCCCAAAAUAAAAUUAUUAAUAAUUUGGAAAUUUAUCAUUCUCAACAUUUACAGGAAAGUCAAUUUAAUUUUGGAAUGAAAAGAUCUGUGGAUGAAGAGUCUGAAGUUAGAUUUGGCAGAAGAUAUAAAUAUGCUACAUUCCUUGAGGAAUCUGGUAGUUUUAUUAGUCGGGGAGAAGAGGAAAAGCACCUUGUUGAUACAGUGCAAAAACCUUCAAGAAUUGGUAACCAGAAAACAUCUCAUAUUAUUCCUUUCCAAGAGUUUAUCAAACAAAAGGAGAAGGCAGAGCACCUUGCACCUUCAAAAAUAUCAAUGGCAAGGAAGCCAGGAUUACCUGGAGGCUCUCCGGGAAUUCAAAGAAGUCCAGCAUUGAAGAAAUAUCAGAAAAAUAACUAUCAAAAUUACCUUCAGCCAAAAGCAAGAAUUGGAGAUUCCUCUCAAAAUAAUAAGACUACAAAGGCUGAAUAUCUAUACUCCUUGAAGACUAAGUUUAGUCCUCUUGUGGAGGUCAGCCUCGAAGAUAAUGAGAUCAUUGUGUAUGGAAAAGCCAAGCCUAGAGUAAGGCAGCCAAAGCAGAAGAAAAUGCUAAAGGGAUCUAGUAGCCAUAAAUCAAUACCUGAGGGAAUCACAAGCCAAGAGAGAUCAAAGGAGGAAAUAAAGAAGGUCGCUAAUGGAAUCAAGAACAAGCUAAAGCAUAACUAUAGACUCUCAAAAGAGGGAUCACUUAAACGUCAUUUGUGAGAUAGCAAAAACUCAAGUCCUGGUUCUUUGAAGAAUUCUAGCUCCUAUGCAAAGAGAAGGAUGGGUCUUGCAAUGGAGGAGGACUUUAUGGUCCUACCAAAUCCCCAAAUAGGCUCUUCCAGGAAGAAGAGAGCAGUGACCACAUCUGAUAUCAUCGCAUUAUCUAAUUUCAAAGAAGGAUCUCCUCGCUCUAAGUACCAAAGACUACGUGCUUCAAAAAAGCGGCUUGCUCAAAAUGGGCUCUAACCAAAAAUUUUCAAUAAAAA